UUGAGUGGUUUUUCUUCGCAUACCACGACAGAGAGAAACGCCACAUUCGCUCUCGCUUCAACAAACAACAAUGACAAUGUUAUUGCUUGCGCUUGUUAUUUGAACGGGGGAGGAACAUAUUGGACCAAUAAAUGGAUGAGCAGAGACAAGCAUGGGAAUGCAAAAUGGAGUGCACUACUUGACUGCGACCAGCAGAGGCGCUGUCGCAUCACGCUCAACGGGUUUGCUGUGGAAGAAGUUCAGCACGGCGUCGGCUCUGUGGGAAGUGGAGGGACAUCCCUGCUGCUGGUUUUCUCCCUUGGAAAGAAAAUAGCAGUCGGAAGUUUUGAUUAUUGUGGCAAUUGGCGGGAUAUCACUCAAAAAUGUGUAAAUAAAACGUUAUAUAAAAGUUACGAAACGUGCUCAGAUGUAAUUUGAAUGCUGUUACUGAAAUGUUACAUGGCUGAGCACCUUCCUAGCUUGCUGACUUCGUGUGACCUUAUGGGUCAUUCCGAUUACGCUCAAACCAUGCGAGUCUUUUGGUGACUGCCAAAGCUAAAAAGAACUCCUUGUAUUAGAUUAGUCUCAUCUGGAGUUUGGCCUGUUUUACUGCCUCUCCUUCACAAGUAUAUGUACUUCUAAUUAAGUACAGAGCAUGAGUGCUUUUGCCACCUCCGUUUUAUAUGGAGCCAAUGAGCCUUGCCGGUCGCUUGUUGCGCAAUGACAAAACAAAGUGUGAGCUGAACUUUCACUUUCGUGUUCAAACCUCCGGAGUGCGGACACUCGACAUUUCAGUUUUAUUUGGGCUUGUGUGCUCGUGAGGAGGAGGACGGCGCGAGGUUCAGUCAGCAUGUUGGACCAGUCGGCCGCACGAUGCGAGGAGGUGAAAACCGGGACAACAAUCAUCGCCAUAGAGUUCGAUGGCGGGGUCGUGCUGGGCUCGGACUCGCGCGUGACCGCAAGCGAUUCCGUGGUGAACCGUGUGAUGAACAAGCUGUCGCCCCUGCACCCGAAGAUCUACUGUGCGCUGUCCGGCUCAGCAGCGGACGCUCAGACCGUUGCCGAGCUGGUCUGCUAUCAGCUGCAGUUUCACAGUUUGGAGAUCGGGGACGAGCCGCGGGUGGGUGCCGCCGCCACCCUGGUCAAGAACAUCUCGUACCGGCACAGGGACGAGCUGGCGGCUAAUCUCAUCGUGGCCGGCUGGGACAGGAGAGGCGGCGGGCAGGUGUUCUCCACCCUGAGCGGCGCCCUGUCGCGCCAACCGUUCGUUGCGGGCGGCUCGGGCAGCAUUUACGUGUACGGCUUUGUGGAUGCCGCGUACCGUUCGGGCAUGAGCAGAGACGAGUGCAAGGAGUUUGUCCUUAACACCCUCGCUCUGGCCAUGAACCGGGACGGCUCCAGCGGAGGCGUGGCCUACAUCGUCACCAUCGACGAGCGCGGCGCAGAGGAGCGAAUCGUGUCGGGGAAGGACUUGCCCGCCUUCUUCGACAAGUGACGCGUGCCCACGUGACGCAGCCUGCUUUCACCCCAUUCCAAAUGUUCAGGACUGGCGUGGCUUUACUUGCUGUGGUCUCUAACGAGGCAAAUAAAACAUUUUGAAAAGCAA